UCCUUCUAUUUUGUCUCAACAAGAGCUAGGCUUACGGUGUUUACCCUAGCACAGCCAGCCCAAGCGGAUCUACAGAUCUACUCGAGUAACGUCCUAGAAUGCUUCGCCCUGGUCCGGAGAGUGACCUACGGUACAAGUACUGUAGCUGCUAGAGUGCUACGAAUGGUAACACUGGCGGCGGUAAAGCGCUAGACUACGGUACUCGUUCACGAACAGUACGAGCAAUGAUGGCGGGCGCCCCCAAAGACCCACACUUUUGCUGUUAGCAGAGAUAUUUUGUUUUUCUUCCAAGCCAAAAAUCUCCCAGCCGCCUAUGAUAUCAUAUUAUGGAGAAGAAUUCAAAUACGGUGGUACGGUAGGGUGCAGCAAUCACGUUAGUGUUUUUGGGAGGAGUUGGCGGGGUUCGCAGGGUCAUCUACGAGUACCUUUCGUGGCAUCCUAGUCAUUGAUAAUUACCAUACCUACACGAUAUCGACAGGACCCCGUCUUGGGGGAUAAAAGUGCUUCAUUCUAGACAACGUUGUGAGGACAUUUCGAAACUUGUUAUCACCGUACCGGUACGGUACUUUUGUCCAAGAAUGCAGGGAACCUGCCAUCGUAAGUCAUCCUAGAGAAGUUGGGGGAGGAAAAAGAAAUUAACUUCAAGCAUGAGAAACGGCACAGCGCGUGUGUGUGAAAAAGCCUUCCCGUGCCCCGCACAACGUCUUCCAAGUGUCUCCAAUUAUGGAGCCGUCACUCGAGCACCCGAGCACCAGUAUGGAUGCAUGCGAUCCACAACUGGAGCACGGUAUGUUAUCUUGCCCGUUUGACCCAGGAUAUCUGGUCUAAACUUGCCACGCUUUUAAUUCCUAGAAUGGGGUGGAAAGGUCCCUUUGCGUACAGAAAUUGUGCCUCGAAACAUCCCUGCCUCACGGAAUUUAUAUCUCAUUGGCUCAACAUCUUUUUCCCCGGGUCCCAGAUAGGCAAUGAGUAGAACUCAAGUGUAAGGGAACUGUCAAGCGUUGGCUAGCACACUGCUUUAGCAUGCCACAACUCAGCCAUAUCAAAUAGACCCCCCUGACCUGGAAUUAGGGAUAAUACCGGUAUUGGGCUACCUUUCCUGGUCUGGAUAGCAUGGCUGAGAGGUUACGGGUGGCCCACAAAAACAGAAUGGUUGCUCGAAAAAUGCGGGGCUAGUUUACUGAUGGCUCUUAUGUGAACUAUAUCUCCCGUGUCCUUUCACCUUUACUCCGUCGCAACUUUUCUUGCAUUUAUUGAUCACCCGCAAUACAUACAUAAUCCCUUUCACAUCCCCAACAAUGUCGUAUCAGCAGUACGGAGUCGGCGAAUAUUGGCAGGGCGCACCAGAAGGGGCCAACCCAAAUCCACUAGCUGAAUACAAUCCCAGCCCCGAGGCAGCGCACACUUCCCAAUCUGGACCAGGAUAUAAUCAAAAAGAGUCUGAUCAAAGUGGUGGGCUCGGAGCAUCUGGGGGGGGGAUAUGGGGAAUGAAAAGGAAGACCUUUAUAGUUGUGCUGGGGAUCUUUAUCAUCCUUAUCAUCGCUCUAGCGGCAGGUGUCGGGGGGGGAGUGGCAGCGACCGUUGCGAAAAAUAACGACAGGGACGCACCAGAGCUGCUAAAGUCAUCUGCAUCGGCAGACCCCUCAUACGUACCCCCCGAACUGCAGAACCCGCAGUCCAUCGACAAAUUGGCUGUCAAUUGGGAUAGCAGCUCUAUUCAAUUAUUCUAUAAAGACACGGAUCACAACAUCAGACGCCUAGACUACGAUGGGUCUAAAUGGGGGAAACCAACGCCACCGAUCUUUAAACCUAGGGACGAUUCUGGGAUUGCUGCGAUAAGCUGGUUUGAGGAGGGGCCUCCACAGCGACAACAGGUACGAGUGUACACUCUGAAUGUAGGCAACUCCCUAGUGGAAACUGUUUGGAAUAGCUCUCAGCCCGGAACAUGGGAUACCAACCUUUUAUCUUCAACGCUAGAUCCAGCUGCAGCGGGAAGUCAAUUGACGGCCUACGCCUGGAAUGCAAACGGGGUGCAGAACAUCCGAGUUUAUUAUCAAGGACAAGAUGGGUACAUCCGGGAGGCAGUUUACACCAGCGGCUCGGGUGCCAGAUGGAGAAAGGGUGAUGCGCCAAAGAUAGAAGAUUUCCCACAAGCAAGGAGUGGCAGUGGGUUGGCUGUUCUCUUGUUUUCGGAUAGGAACCAAGCAGAAGACGCGAGUUUAUAUUACCAGAACAUGGACGGGAAGUUGGUGUCUUAUGAUUACAAGAGAGCAGCGACCUUCGUAGAAAGUUGGAAGAAGUACGUGUACGCGUGGGGCAACGGUCAGCAAUCCCAGCUCGGGAGGCGUGUCUCUGAGAGACGUCGCCUCACCGGGCAGAACCCUCGCCAGGUGUCCCUUCCCCGGUACCAGGUCACCUACGUCGCUACCGGCUCAUACCAUUCUUUCGCAAUUACCCGGGACUGUAGGGUCUGGGCAUGGGAGCUCAAUCAAUAUAGACAAUGCAGGAUAUACGGACCUCCGCGCGCUGGUGUAGAACACACAGUAAUUCCCGUUCCUACCAUCGUGCAGAGUCUUGCAGGGUACACGAUCGUUCAGAUAUCCGCCGGGGAACAUCACUCAACCGCCCUGACCGAGACCGGUGAGCUCCUGGUCUGGGGCCGUCUUGACAGUAGCCAGCUCGGUAUAGACCCUGCGGCGCAUUCAGCGGAAGAUUGCGUCUGUGACGUGAGGGGCAACCCCCGCUAUCUCAGGACCCCACAUGCUGUCUCCGGCAUCAGGUUCUCCACCAUUGGCUGCGGCACAGACCACAAUGUUGCCGUCUCGAUGGAGGGACAAGCAUACUCUUGGGGCUUGAAUGCCAGUCAUCAAACCGGCCUCGGCCCCCGCGCGUGUGAUGAGAUCAUUACCCCUACAAGGAUUGAAAACACGGCCACCAGAGGUGUCAAGAUGACCUUCGCCGCUGCCUGUGGGCAGUUCUCUAUCUUCGCAGGAAUUCCCGCAGAACCUGCUAGUUGCGAUUAA